AUGACUGUCAUGUGUCUGUGGGAAUACUCGGAGGCGCAACACGUCGCGCGAGAGAUAUGCCUCCCACCUAUGCUGGAAGUGUAUAUCGCACUCACUUUGGCACCCGUUGAAGAGGAGGUCAAGGAGAAUGAUACUGAUCGUUGCGGCUUCUACUUCAUCCCGCACGUGGCGCUACGCCGAUGGAUCGCGCAGUUCCAGGAUUUCUUUGUCAACAGCUUCGACAUUCAAUGGGAUUCGCAGUCGUACGCCGCCAACAAGGACGCGCACCCAGAUCUCGACUACACGCUGUUGGAGUCAUCCACGAAGACGCAGAACCACAGUGAGUCCCUGGGGCCAUUUCCGUACGCUAAAAUCGUCCAGCAUUUCCAGUAA